UAAACGAUCUUCAUUGCAUCCUGAAAUGGGCGGAGUCAGCUGCGAGCAUAAUCAAGAUGGCCUCCUUCACAGAGAGGAUGGCAUUUGUCUUGGUGAUGGCCUUGUGCCUCAGUGGGGCGUUGGCUGUGGACAGGGGCAACUUCAAGACCUGUGACCAAAGUGCCUUCUGCAAGCGUCAGCGAGCAUUAAAGCCUGGUGAGUCUCCCUAUCGAGCUUUGCUGGAGACCAUGGAGCUGACCAACACCAGACUCACACUGCAGCUUAUCAAUGACAACAACAAGGUGCGUCUGCUGCUAGAGCUCUAUCGUCUCCAGGGAAACAUAACCAGGGUGAAGAUAAAUGAGUUGAAGCCACUAAAGCCUCGCUUUGAAGUCCCAGACGUGCUCGUCAGGGAGCCACCCACUGAGCCCCUGUCCCUCCUGUCCCAGGAUGAGAACGGGGUGGUGCUGUCUCUGGGAGCAGAGUCUCAGAGGGUUAUCGUCAGUGCCCGUCCCUUCCGACUGGACAUCAUGGAAGGACGUGACGUGCUGAUGUCCUUGAACUCUCGCGGCCUCUUGGCAUUUGAGCAUCUGAGGAUGCGCAAGGACACUUUCUCCUAUAAAGUAACUAGCACAGUGGCUAGUGUGUGGGAUAAUAUCAAGAGGGUAUUCUCUAGCAGUCAAGCGGACUCAGAGGCUGAGAAGAAGGAAGAGGUGGAUCCAGCUAACCCAGCUGAGCAGACAACCAAAGACGAAGACGACAAGGAUGAAGAUGGGAUGUGGGAAGAAACAUUUAAAUCACACACGGAUGGAAAACCAAAUGGUCCAUCUGCAAUUAGUUUAGACUUCUCAUUGCCAGGGGUGGAGCAUGUUUAUGGCAUCCCGGAACAUGCAGAAACGCUCCGGCUCAAAACAACUGAUAAUGGAGACCCAUAUAGACUUUACAACCUGGAUGUGUUCCAGUAUGAGCUGUUUAACCCCAUGGCUCUGUACGGGGCUGUUCCUGUGAUGUUGGCUCAUAACUCACAGCGCACCACUGGCAUCUUCUGGCUCAAUGCUGCUGAAACCUGGGUGGACAUUAGCUCCAACACAGCAGGAAAGACGGUGUUCGGAAAAAUGCUGGAUUACGUUCAGGGUUCAAGUGAAACCCCACAGACAGAUGUGCGUUGGAUCUCCGAAAGUGGCAUCAUUGACGUUUUUAUUAUGCUUGGACCGACACCCAAAGAUGUGUUUUCUCAGUAUGCCUCUCUGACAGGCACUCAGUCCUUCCCUCCUCUCUCCUCCUUGGCUUACCACCAGUGCCGCUGGAACUACAACGACCAGGAAGAUGUAAAGCUUGUAGAUGCUGGCUUUGACGAGCAUGACAUUCCUUAUGACUUCAUCUGGUUAGAUAUCGAACACACAGAUGGGAAACGUUACUUCACCUGGGAUCCGCACAAGUUUGCAACACCUAAAGAAAUGCUGCAAGGCAUCAUGGACAAGAAACGCAAGAUGGUGGCCAUUGUGGAUCCCCAUAUCAAAGUAGACAGCAACUACAAGAUCCAUAAUGAAAUCCGCUCACGCGGUUUCUACAUCAAGAAUAAAGAUGGUGGAGACUAUGAAGGCUGGUGCUGGCCUGGAAGCGCCGGCUAUCCAGAUUUUACUUGUGCAGACAUGAGGUCAUGGUGGGCCAGCAUGUUCGCCUAUGAUCAGUAUGGGGGCUCCAUGGAGAAUCUGUACACUUGGAAUGACAUGAAUGAGCCUUCAGUCUUUAACGGCCCAGAGGUCACUAUGCACAAGGAUGCUAUGCAUGGAGCCUGGGAGCAUCGGGAUGUUCACAAUCUGUAUGGGUUCUACGUGCAAAUGGCCACAGCAGAAGGUCUGAUCCAGAGGUCUGGAGGGGUUGAAAGACCAUUUGUUCUGACUAGGGCUUUCUUUGCAGGGUCGCAGCGUUAUGGAGCUGUUUGGACUGGAGAUAAUGCAGCUGAGUGGGACCAUCUGAAGAUCUCUAUCCCGAUGUGUCUCAGUCUGGGCCUGGUUGGAAUCUCUUUCUGUGGUGCUGAUGUUGGCGGGUUCUUCAAGUCGCCCAGCAGCGAGCUGCUCGUGCGUUGGUACCAGACCGGAGCCUAUCAGCCUUUCUUCCGAGCACACGCCCACCUGGACACACCUCGCCGUGAGCCCUGGCUGUUUGGUCCUGAAAACACUGCGCUGAUUCGUGAAGCGGUGCGCCAGCGCUACACCCUCCUCCCCUACUGGUACCUGCAGUUCUAUCAGGCUCACUGCACUGGACAGCCUGUCAUGAGACCUCUGUGGGUGGAGUAUCCUCAGGACCCUGCUACUUUUGCCAUUGAUGACGAGUUUCUCAUUGGCACAGACUUGUUGGUUCACCCAGUGACAGAGGAGGGAGCCAGAGGAGUCACUGCCUACCUCCCUGGUAAAAAUGAGGUUUGGUUUGACGUCAACACCUUCCAGAAGCACAAUGGGGCUCAGAACCUUUACAUUCCAGUCACCAUGAGUUCUAUCCCUGUUUUCCAGCGAGGAGGUUCAAUUAUUCCCAGGAAGCUUCGCGUCCGCAGGUCGUCCACCUGCAUGGAACAUGAUCCCUACACUCUUUUUGUGGCUCUGAACCCCCAGAGAACUGCAGAGGGUGAGCUGUACAUUGAUGACGGUCACACAUUCAACUAUGAAAAGAAGGAGUUCAUCCACAGGAAGCUGUUCUUCGCCAACAACAUUCUCUCCUCAAUUAAUCUGGCUCCAGACGCCAAGUUUUCUACCCAAUCUUGGAUCGAACGUGUUAUAAUCCUGGGAGCCAGUAAACCCAGUAAAGUUACUCUUCAGACUGCUGAUGGUCAGGAGAGCCAACUUGAGUUUGAGUUUGAUUCCUCCAUGUCUGUGUUGACGCUCCGCAAGCCUGGCAUGAACGCAGGAGAAGACUGGAAAGUGAUGUUACAGUAAUCAGAUGAAGAGGAGAGCGGGGGAACAUGACUGAAGUGAACAGAGGAGGAGCAGGAGCAGGAGGAGCGAUCAGAGGAGGGCACUGAUAUUCAACUAACAAACAAAAGAUAGCAGGGUUGUCGCCAUGGGAAACUAAGAACAAACACAGUACAGUGAAUCCACGGUUUAAAUUCUCUCUCCACAAACACAGACACACAACCACACCCAUUUAUACCUGGUAGUUUUACUGAGCCACAUUAUCUUUAUCAUGUCACCAUUUAAUUCUGGUCAGUCGCACUUGAAUACCUAACAGAAAGGGUUACCACUAGAUGGAUAUUUUGCCUGUGAUAUUUUUUUUUUUUUUUUAGAAUGAUAACAACUGAGCAACGCAAACUUUUUUUUCUUGUUAUUAAUCAUAAAAUUCCAGUUUAAAAAAGGAAAAUCUCUGGCACUCUGACUCUCGGUGUAUUGUAUCUAUCCAGUUGUCUUCAGAAGGAACAUUACUUGGGUUGGACUGCCAUUUAAAAUGAAGGGUCAUGCUCACACGCUCCACCUGCUGGUGUUGCCAAAUAAUUAUACACUUUUGAAACAGCCAUUCCAUAUACCUUAUGUUUUUGUUUUUAAAGCUAAGCACUUCAACAAGGCCAUUUAGCCUCGACCAUCUUUACUUCUAACUUCUGAUUCCAGGGAGGCUAUUAUUAUAGCCAACUUGCUUUACAGUCAAUUCCUAACUUUUAAUUCUUGAUUUGUCUCCCACUGAUAUUGAAAACUUCCUGUACAUGGAAUUAAGUCAUUAUCCUCAUUGGAGCAGUUAACUGGUUAUCAAACUGCACUAAUUUUUUUUGUUUGUUUGUUUGUUUCUAAAACAGUCUUGUUAGUUGGAAUUACUUCAGGGACCUGAAGCACUGACAUCGCUGUGGAUUAUUCUGUUUAGUUUCUGUCUUUGUUCCAUUGAGUUCUUUUGUUGUUUACUAGAUUAUUUCUAAUGCACUUAAGAGAGAGGGUGAAAAAAAUGUUUAGAUAUUUCAUGUGUUAAUUGGUGUUAGGCACUGGACAUCGUUUCCAAUCCUUUUUCAUCUUAGAUUAAGUUUUUAAUUGUUUAUUAUUAGAAGCUAUUAAUUAAAGGCCCCUGAAUUUUGUCCAAUCGAAUAAUUUCACACUUUCAAAUGUUUGCUGAUUUAAAAGUUGCUGCAGUUUUGUUAGUGAUGAUGAGAUUCAAUGGAAAUGGAAGGAAAGGAGAACUGCUGUCAGUCAAAGUUGUACUUUAAGAUGAGACCAAGUGAAAAAAAUAAAUUUGACCAAAUGUGAAUUACAA